UACAGCGUAUCGAAAGAUAAAGUUGAAGAAAUCUUGAGGAUUCUGAGAAAUGAUCACAUCAACUGCACCGACGACGAUGAAAUCGUCAACGAUUUGUCAUUGAAAAGUCUGGAAUAUUCGGCAGCGCAGUGUGAGUCAUCAGUAAUUAUGGACACAGCAGCCUCUGUGCAAGGAGCCGCUCUCCCCGAAGAAUUCGCUCCACUGAGCAUGGAUUUGAUAGCAAUGGGAGAUAAAGAUGAGUUGUUGAACCGUGAGCGAAUUACGCAACCUAUGGUGGACAUCUUGCCAAUAUGUGAACUUCGAGAAUUCGCUCCACUGAGCAUGGAUUUGAUAGCAAUGGGAGAUAAAGAUGAGUUGUUGAACCGUGAGCGAAUUACGCAACCUAUGGUGGACAUCUUGCCAAUAUGUGAACUUCGAGGCCCGAUUUGCAUGGAAUUAGAAAGAUGCACAAAGAAAGGUGAAAGGACAGGAUAUGUGGUUGAGGAAAAAAUCAACUUGGUUGGCACUGGCACGCAUGAUGCCCAGCGAAUCUUUGCUGUCCUGAGGCCUUUCAUGAGGCGAACGGCUUCUUCGGUAUCACGCUCUGCUUACUUUCUAGUUCGGUCUCAUAUUUGA